AUGGUGAUAUGGCUUGGACAUGGAGGAAAUGCCUGCCCAUGGGAGGAUGAUCCAGGGGAGUUAGAUUUUUUUGCCACAGGGGAAGGUAGUACCGACAGCACAGAUGCUGAGGGUACCGCCGAUGAAGAAACGGGAGCGCCAUCCUCAAAGGAUGCCCAUGACCUCCCGACUGGCGUGCCAUUUAUCAAGAAUUCAAAGGCGAUGACGACAAUAGUUGACAAGUCCGGAGUACAUACUCACAUUAUCAAGUAUUGCACAUGCCCAGACGCCACCACCGCCAACAUACAGCUGUUUGAAAUGGGAUUGUUUGCAGCGUCUUUCGUAGAACCAAAGACCGCGUUUACCAUCGGUGUAUUGGAUGACUUCUUGCUGGACAAUCUGGAGUGCGGGACCUCGGCGAUGAAUUACUAUAGCAAAUUGCGGAGGAUGACAACCAGUGUCUUUCCUCACACAGUGCCAGACCGAUAUCGAGAGUUAAUGAGGGUCGCCAGACAAUGGCGGAAACUCAAGCUAUUGAAAUGGAAUGGCUUCGGCCAUAAGGAAAAGGAAGUCAGACCCGGCGAUCUAGCCCUCUUUUGUCCGGCAUGUCCACAGCCAGGAAUCAACCUCACUGUGCCAACUGGCGAUGUCAAACAGGCCAGAGAUGCUAAAGAUGCAUAUGAUCUUGAAACGCCAAGUUGGCUGUACACAAGAUCACUAGUUAUGGAUGGAAACUUCAAAGCUGAGCAUCUCUAUGCAAAAAAUCCUGCCAAUGAAGUAUCGCUAAUGGAUGGCCGUGGCUUCAUGGUCGGCAAUCACAUUUACAAGAAACACUUGGCUGUUGCCAAGGAUGCUAUUCAACAGUCAGAGUGCAACAAUCACCGCGCAGUUAAUCAGGCGAACACAUCCUGUCACAAACUGGAAGCCACCGGAAUCAGCGGUUGCGCCUGUGCAAGGCAUGGUUGCUUUGUGCCCCAUGCAAUGGUAGACUUUCAGAAAGGAGAAAGACAAAUAAACAUGGAUUAUGCUCUGUGCGAGGCAUUGAAAGUGAAUGCCGAAGGGAUUCGCCGAGUAUUAACUUUCUAUGAUGUGAACUGUCAGUAUCACAAGAAUCUCAAGGAGUGCAUCACCAAUAGUCCUUUCCUGGAGAUUCCUAUGGAGCUAGAUAUUGUCCCCGGCAUCGGACUAUGGCAUGUUUAUGGCCAUCAAGACAACUGCUACGUCAGAUAUGCUUCCAAUUUCAUCAAGGGAGCAGCUCGGAUUGACGGCGAGAUCAUGGAGACCCUGUGGGUGCCACUAAACAUCAUAUCGCCGGCAGCUCGUGGCAUGGGGACUCCACACCGGAAAGAAUGCCUCGACUAUCAAAUGAACGAUUGCAAUUUCAUGAAGAUGAUUAGAAUGAGCAAAUCCCUUUGCCAGAAAUACAAGGAAGCUGUUAAAGGAGUCGCCGAAAGCAAAUUGGCAUUUGAGAGACUUGAUGAGAGUGCCGACGCCGAUAAAGUCCGAGAUUGGGAGGCCCAAGACAGGUCGGUGCAGGAAUGGCGCAGCCAAGAUUCAUCAGUGAUGGACAUAUAUGAAGUUCAACUGCAGAAAGCACCAACAAGAAAACAGCAAGAGCUACAGUUGUUGGCAGCUCAAGGCCAGCAUCCGGGGCCUGUUCGCUGGAGGGGUGUGGUGACAUGGAUAGCUGAGGGCCUUACUAUUGAGGAAGCUCAGGUCACCUUGCAGAUGGAAGUUAAACAGCUUGGACGCCAACCGACCGACAGUCAGCGAUUGCAAAUCAGUCGCCGACGUGACACACUUCAACGGGAUAUUGAUCGGUGGGUGGAGGCUGGAGCAACAUUCAUCGGCGAUGAAUUGGGUGACGACAACACACAAAUCAUGGAGCAAGAUCUUUUAAUCCUAGGAGAAGUAGAAGAUGAAAUGAAGGAUGAAGGCAGAUUUUUUGAGCCAGAGAAGGUGCUCAUCCCCUUGCCUUCCAAUUUGGGGCUAGAAAAAUGUUCAGCUCUCGGCAUCGCCAAUUUGGGUCAAGCCAACGAUGCCCUGCACAACAUUAGGGUGCAUUUGGCGGACAAGGCGGUGAUAUUCCGGAAGACAGUCAGAGUUGCAAAGUCACAAGCAAUGGCCACCAGAGCUUGGGCUCAAGUUCAUUCGGUGGACAGGGCGAGAUACCAAAUAUUGGCAAAAGAGCAUCUCAAGGUUAGUACAGCGGUGGCAGAUCCGAACACAAGGGGACAGAGGAACGAUGUAUUGCCUUGGUUUUGGUCAUUGGAUGUGCAGCGUGACUCUGACAGCAGUGAGUGGUUAAAUGAGUUUUACCAUGUUCAUUGGCUUCGUGCCAAAGCUCUCAGAGAUCGUUGGGCGGAGGCGAUUUUGCUUGUGGAGCAUGAAAUGGAGUGGACCUGUAACUUCUUCCAUCAGAAGGGUCAAGAAUGGAUCUAUCUCGGCGCCACGUGCAAGCAGUGUGAGAAGGGACACUUGGCAUACGCGGCGAGGCAGUGCAAAAUCUAUGAAUGUCUCUUUACAGAGGCAAGACAUGCUUUCGACCGGAUAAAAGCGAAUGUGUCUCACUAG